AUGGAGCUCAAGGAGCGAAACGUGCAACACGCCCGCAAUUUGUUCGGUCGCGCGGUCACCCUCCUUCCCCGGGUGGACCAACUCUGGUACAACUUGAAGUAUGUCUACCUCGAAGAGUUGCUGCAGAACGUCCCCGGAGCCCGCCAAGUGUUCGAGCGGUGGAUGCAAUGGGAGCCGGAUGACAAGGCGUGGCAGGCGUACAUCAAGAUGGAGACGCGGUAUGGCGAGUUGGACCGAGCGAGCACGAUAUACGAGAGAUGGAUUGCCGUGUGCCCAGAGCCACGCAAUUGGGUGAAACCGCGCUCGAAGAAGGCGCAGGCCGUGUUCAGCGCUUUCGCGAAGAUGGAGACGAGGCUGAAGGAGUACGAGCGUGCCCGGGUGAUAUACAAGUUCGCAUCGACCCGCGUUCCCCGCUCGAAGAAGGCCGCGCUCUAUGCUGUGUAUACGAAGUUUGAAAAGCAGCAUGGAACGCGAUCGACGCUCGAAACCACCGUAAUUGACAAGCGACGUAUCCAGUACGAAGACGAGUUCGCCCAAGACGGCCACAAUUACGAUGCUUGGUUCAACUACUCGCAAUUGGAGGAGGGAGCGCUCCGGGGAUGA